AUGGCCUUCUCGCUAGCACCAAACGCUCUCCCUCGAAGGCUCGCAAGCUCGCACUUCACGAUCCUAAGCUCACCGCUCCGCGCUGGGCUCGCUACCCGGAAUGCUCCUCAACUUCAGGCCAAAGGCUACCACGCAUCCACCGUUAGCCGAAACCAGAAUGCCGAGCCAAAGCAAGGCCUCUUCAAGGUGAGUAAAACAUAAGCUUGCCUUGCGUCGAGGAGCGCUCACUCUGAUGUUGCCAUCACCUCGCGCCGCCCAAUCACUUCCCUUUUCCUAGUCUUUGCUGCACGGCUCCGACACCGCUCGAGGCGAGGGCAUGACUGCGCAGUCUCACAGUACAGCGGUGGGCAGGAACAAGUACGUGCACGAGAUCUCUCGCGUGGCUGUCCAGCCAGCACACGUCGAGGAAUACAAGAAGGUUCUUGCAGAGCAUCUGCCAAAGAUUGCCUCCGAUCCAUCCCUUGGGGCCCGCUUGGUUGGAGCUUGGGAAGUUGUUGUGGGCGAUCUCGAAACUUUCUGUGAGUAGCUUCAGUCUGCCGCAAAACCUCCCACCCAUCACAGUCUUGCAUGUGCUCGCUGCCUUCCAAAUGAGCGCUUUCUCCCGUCGCUCUUCCCUAUGGCAUCGCUCGUCUCACGUCAACUCAUGACUGCGCUCAUUAUGCAGAUAUGGUUUGGGAAUUUGAUGGCUAUGCGGGAUAUGAUGCAUCUACCAAGGCCCUCGCCCAGUCCGAGGUGAGUCACUCAAAAUCUUCAUCAGAACGCCUCUUACGCUCAUUCUUGCUGAUACUCACACAUCACUGCGUCGCAAAGGUCUGGAACUCGCUGCAGCGUUCAGUCAGGCCUCUCAUUGCCAGUCGCAGCAAUUGGAUGGCGCAGGAAUUCGGCUUUUGGCAGACCAGUCCACCCAAUGACAAGAUGGGCGGCAUCGUAGAGUGGAGGACAUAUCAUCUCAAGGUAAGUUCUAGGCGAUGCAUGAGUCCAGCACAUAUAGCACGAGGCUGCCCUUACACUGAACGCCUACCUGCCGCCCGUCUUUGCUCACUUCUCCGCUCAGCCGGGCAUGCUGUUGGAGUGGGAGACCAACUGGCGCCGUGGCCUCGAGGCGCGAAGGAAAUUUGUAGAGCCGGUUGCGGCUUUCUUCACACAAGUGAGUUGGAAGUGGAGUCGCAAGGCACAUCUGUUUCUGCGCUGAAGCGCAAUCAUCUCCCAUGCCGGGCCUCAGAUCGGUGGUCUGCACACGGUUCAUCACCUUUGGCAUUAUCCAGACUUGGAUACCCGAAAGGUGACGCGCGAGGCCGCUUGGCAAGUCGAAGUGAGCUGCAGCGGCUUCGUCAUGACUUGUGUAACCAUUUUUGAGCUGAUCGAAGUGUGCCACCGCUCUCUCUGCGCUCAGACCUGGAAUGACACGGUCUCGCAGACAGUCAAGCUGAUCGACAAGAUGCACGCGCAAAUCAUGAAGCCCCUACCUUUCAGUCCGCUACGAUAA